AUGAGCUUCACAACCAUCGCCCUGCUUCUUUUCCUGAAUGGCGUACUCGCAAACUUCACCGUUAGCUACACACCUACCUCCGUUAUCGAGUGUCAAGAACUUCAAGUCUCGUGGACGGGAGGCGAUGGAGCGCUGACGUUCUGGUCCACUCCCGAUAUAUUGGCGAAUAACGCCACGAUUCCUAUCACAGACUUGGGAGAGCAGAGCUCCCCGUUCAAUUGGCCUGCGGUGAACAUCACCUCCGGCACAGCCGUCACCAUCAUCAUCCAAAACUCUACGUCCGAUCUCUCCUCGACCUCGGGCGAUAAUUCGUUCGUCGUUGGUACGGGUCCGGAUACGAGUUGUCUGUCGCUGGCGACAUCGAGCAACUCCACGUCUUUGAAUACGAGCCGGACUCGAAUUUCAUCUUCUACUUCUACUUCAACGAAUAUUGGCCAAUACAACGAAGACAGAGUUACCUUUUCAACCACACAAACAGGCAUCUCACGCAUUACCCUCGUGAUAGCCGUUCUGGUAGCAAUAGUAGGAACGACGCUGAUCCUCCUCCUCAUCCACACCGCCCUGCGUUAUCGUAAACAACGAGCUAAACGACGACCCAAGCCCAAUUCACGGCCCUCGGGUCCCACAGAUAGGAUCGACCCGUUUCUGGACCCGCCCAGAGGUGAUCAAGCACCACUUGCGCAGACGUCAGCCGAGAUCGACAAGGGGCCUGGCGAGUCUGAGUCCGUACUCGCCAUAGCAGGGAGCUUCCUUUCGAGGAUCUCGACAAGGCGAAGCACGAACACCGACGCCAAUUCUACCCGAUUGGCACCUCCGCCGAAGAAAAAAUCACGUCAGGCGAGAGGAUAUCCGAGUACUGAGACCAUGAACCCAGUCGUCGAGAAUACAGGCAAGCCACAGCGAGACGUACCAGCUCGUGACGGGGAGGGAGAAGGGCAAGGGCGGGGAUACGAUAUUCAUUAUCUGGUACGGGAGAUGGGGAGACUGAAGGCGAGGUUAGACGCGCUCACUUCUGCGCAGGGUAACGUUGGGUCAUGGAAUAGGACGGAGAAUGGUUCUGAGAACCUUAGUACGAAACCACCGACGUAUCGUUCACGGACUACGGGAUCGGAAUAA